AUGUCUGACGAUGUCGACAUACAGCAGGAAAUUCUGCAACGGACUCUGCAGGAGGUAGUGCAGGAGGAGGAGAGUGACGAAGUGGCUAAUCCAUGCGUCAUCUGUUUAGAGCCCGUCUCAGAAUGCGCUCUCGCCCUGCCCUGUCAACAUGCCAACUUCGAUUUUCUUUGUCUACUGAGCUGGCUGGAGCAGCGACGCAGCUGUCCCCUAUGCAAAAGUGACGUCGAAUCCGUGCGAUACGAUCUCGACAAUAGUGCAGGUCCAAAGAUCUACCAGCUUCCUCCCCUUCCUCCACAAGCUGCAGCAGGCACUAGUGCCUCGUCAUUCGAUACAUUCAACUCUCACCAACGAUCAUUUGCAUUCCGCGGAUCUCGCCGCCAGCGACGCCCUCCAAGCCCACGACAGCAACCACCCGACGACCCCCUUCUACGCCGACAAGAUGUCUACCGCCACCAGCUAUAUUCCCUUCGAGUCGGUUCGAACCGCAUCUCGCAAUAUCGUGAAUUCACCCCUGAAAUGUUCAAUCGCGACGAAGGACUGGUCUCGCGCGCCCGCAAAUGGAUCAGACGGGAACUAAAGGUCUUUGCGUUCCUGAAUCCCGAGACAGAGACAGAGACAGAAACGCAGUCCCAGACACAGACGCAGACAGGUUCACAUCGCGGACGGACGGCUCGUCCUGGACCACAGAGGCUGGAGAGUCGUCGGGGCAACAACGCCGAGUUUUUGCUCGAGUAUAUCAUUGCCAUUCUUCGCACAGUGGAUAUCAAAGGCAGUGCUGGUCAGGCAGAGGAGCUUUUGCGAGACUUCCUGGGGAGGGACAAUGCGCGCCUUUUUCUGCAUGAGCUGCAGGCCUGGCUUCGGAGUCCAUUUACCUCCCUCGAAGAUUGGGAUCGCAAUGUUCAGUAUGAUAACACUUCGAGAUCGGGUGCUAGCAGUACGAGUACGGCUCGUCGAGAUCCUGUAGGUUCCGAUCGAACAUCGACUCCGGUGUACCGAGGCCGUGGUCGUGGUCGCGGUUACGGUCGUGAUCGUGGCUUUCGCGGAAGAGUAUCCAAGUCUCACUAUGCACGAGGUCGGCAAGCUCAGGGCGGACCGCAGGACGCUUCAGCGCAGGCACGGCGCAUACAACACGCGCGAGAUCGAUACAUUCCUGAUUAG